AUGCUCCCACGAUCGUCGGGAACAUUUUCUCCCACUCCUCCACAAGGUCUACAGACAGGAAUCUCCCACUCCCCACAUCCGUCGCAGGCAGGUGUGCUGAGUGCGGGUGCCAGCCCGAGUACCAGCAGCCCCACUGGGAACUACGCCGUGUCCAAGAUCACAAUCGCCCAGGUCUAUGUGCUCUUGAGCACCCUGAAGGCGAAGAAGGACGACCCGGCCGAGUACGAGAACAAGGUCAAUCGGCUCAACAAGCUCAUCGAUGAAAACGGUAUGGAGGUCUUUACGAAAUACUUCACCAAGCUGGUGCAUACCAGCGCGUCCCAGAUCUUCCCAGGCACAAGUAGGCCUAUAGGCAGUGCGACGAAUACCGGCAGUUAUUCGUUACUACUGGAGGAGAUGCGCAAGAUAUCCCACGAUGUGGAUCAAGCGACGAAAAUCUCUGAGUCCAUCGAGACCGGGACAGAGGACAUUUUCCGCGACUUCGAUCUGUCCACAUUCAUGGAACACUUCAGAUUGGACGCCCUGGAGAAGACAAUAUUAGCUCUGGCAUUCAAGCUGGGCAGCCGGCCCGAUUUAAAGGCAAAAGCUGAUGCCAUCCUCUCCACCAACUAUCCGACCUUCAUCGCCAUCCUUUCGCAACCGGACGGAGACCAUUCCGACUUGAGCCCCCACUUCCUAUCUGUCAUCAUCGACCGACUCAUCCAAUACCACCCCCCGAACUUCAACUCCUCGGCACACCGGGAGCUGUUCUCCAAAGUCGACACCAGAUAUGUACAGCUCGACAUGGCGACUCCUUCCGAGGUUCUUGCCGCCCUUGACCUUAACAGGGUCCUAGUCGACAAGCCACCGAAUGCCCUGGCGUUGUACAUUCAAAAAGUCGGUCCUGACUUCACGCGUGACGAGGAAUCCUGUGCCAGGUUCCUUCAAGAACGGCCGCCAUCUGUGCAGCUCAGCGCGGAACAGGUUUCCAACGCGCUUUGGUGGACCGCCAUCAGUCAGACCCCCCAGCAAAGCCCGACCGUCCUGGUCGCCGGUCUUCGACGGGCCCUGCCUUCGGCCUUCAGAUGGCAAGACGUGCUGUCAUACUUUGACCAGCCCAGCGCCCGGAUCUCACCUCCCCAGUUCCUGCGGCUAUACAGAGCCCUACACAUGGUCGCGCUGGAUGAUGAUGGAUCUAGCUUCGAUAUCCAGAACCUUUGGGGUGGAAACUGGGCGAACGCGGACGCCCAUCUAUCUUUUGUCUGUGCCUUUGGCAGCCUCACUCCAGAAGAGCUGGAUGCGACUACGAUACCGGGCCUCCGACCAACCUUCACCUUGGCCGAAUACGCGCAAUCCCCGGCACCUGUGCGCGAACGGGCUGCAUAUGCAGUUAGACAUCCUCUUGUCUCUGUUGACGCGCUCACGGCUGUCUUUGGGGUGGCUCUCAGUUCGCAACACGCUUCGCAAACAACCGAGGCCAAACGAUUAUUCAACGAAGUAGUCGUGCCCAAUCUCGAUAUAUUCGUGGUCUCCGCCUUUGGUGUACCGAAGCCGUGGCCUGAAAUGGCGAAUGAUACUCUGACCACUUUGUUUGAGACGUUCUUAUUCAAACAGCAGGAAGGUUAUCAAUUCGCCCUUGACAGCCUCUGGCGCAAAGACAAGGAUUUCGUCAAGCAAAAGAUCAGUGACGCGCAUGUACGACGGCCUAUGGACUUACCACUCUACCUCGAGCACGCUGAGUAUCACGGCUGGCUGGACGAGUUUGUAUACGAGUUCAGCGGAAUUGGUCUGGACCUCGCAGCCUUUGCGCACGGGCAAGGCCGACUCGACAUUGACCAGUGGACGAGAACCAACGCCACCAGGGGCGCCGAUGUUGUUCCAGCCCUUCUCCAAUUUGUUAACAUCAAGGCGGACAUGGAGACGAGAUAUCAGCGACAACAAGGAGGCCAGGGUCUGCUCAGAACGACACCUCUCCAGGUGAAGACGGUGUACCACUUCCUGGGCUUCUUGAGCGAGUUCUGCACUCCACAGCUUAAGGAAUGGAGGGAUUGCCAGCGGCAGUGUACGAUUGCCUACCCACGUCUCAUCAACUACGGCGGUCCCUACGAUGCCAUUAUCGAUUUGAAUGGCGCCGACGGCAAUAACCUCCCCUUGGCUGCCAUUAGUAGAAUGGAGGACCAUUACAAGAGCAUGUACAGCGGGGAGACUCAAGUUAGAGACAUCGUGGAGGCUCUUGAGCGCUACAAGCAUUCCCGUGACCCUCUGGAUCAAGACAUUUUCGCCUGUAUGAUCCACGGCCUGUUCGACGAGUUCGUGCAUUACCCCAGCUACCCGAUCGAUGCACUUGCAAGGACUGCGGUCUUGUUUGGCGGCGUCAUUUCCAGAAAACUCAUCGAUGGCACGCCCCAGCAGGCUGGCCUCGGAAUGAUCUUGGAAGCGAUUAGGGAUUAUCCCACCGAACACAACAUGCACAAAUUCGGCCUGCAGGCGUUGAUGCAGCUCUAUACCCGCUUCCCAGAGUGGCCGAGCUUCUCUCGGCAGCUCCUUCAGAUCAGCAGCCUGCAAGGCACAGAAGCCUGGAGGAAAGCUGAGAAUGUGGUCAGGGAUCAGGAAGAGGACGCCACAUUUCAGCAAAAUGGCGGGGACAUCGCCCUCAAUCACGAUUCUCUCACGAACGGCAACGUGGCUGAGGCCGCGGAGCAGCAAUUCUCCCCCUUUGCUUCAAUCAAUGUGGACCCCACGCCUGCUGGCGCUUCUUUUGAGGACCCAACGGACGACACCCAGGACAAGAUCCAGUUUGCACUCAACAAUAUGGACCAGGCGUCACUGAAAUCUCGAUUUGACACAAUUCGGGAAUCCCUCGAGCAGAAGCAUCAGCAGUGGUUUGCCAGUCACCUUGUCAGGGAUCGGGCAAAGGUGCAGCCCAAUCUCCAUCAAAUGUACCUGGACGUGGUGAAGCUCUUUGAGGACAGCAUGUUGUGGGCCGAGGUCCAGAGGGCGACUUUGAGUUGCGUUGCCCAGAUGCUGAACUCGGAAUCAACCAUGCACAGCUCCACGGAGCGAACCCAGCUGAAGAACCUGGGUGGUUGGCUAGGCAUGCUAACUCUGGCUCGGGACAAACCUAUCAGGCACCGGAACAUCGCCUUCAAGCAGCUACUAAUCGAGGCACACGACACAAAGAGACUAAUAGUUGUAAUACCCUUUGUGUGCAAAGUGCUGGGCCAAGGCGCAUCAUCGAUGGUCUUCCGUCCGCCGAAUCCCUGGCUGAUGGACAUCAUCCAUCUACUAAUCGAGCUCUACCACAACGCAGAACUCAAACUGAACCUCAAGUUCGAGAUUGAGGUACUGUGUAAGACCUUGAGUCUGGAUCACAAGAGCAUUGAGCCAUCCGGCGAGAUCCAGAAUCGUGUGGUCGCGGAGGAGGCCACCCAGGUCACGGUACCCGAUGGGUUGGAAGCUUUCGACAACCUCUCUCUCAAUGGUAUUGGACAAGGUGUGGUCAGCAACCUGCUGCCGCAUGCUGUGGCACCAACUAUUCCCGACCUGCAUUCGCGUCUCAACAUCCCCCCUGCGAACGAGAUGGUUGUGAGCAACAGCCGUUUGCGUGACAUUGUUCAUACCGCGUUCAACAAGGCAUUGCAAGAUAUCAUUCAGCCUGUUGUCGACAGGUCUGUCACCAUUGCUGCCAUCAGCACGCAUCAGAUGAUACGCAAGGACUUCGCAACGGAACCCGAUGAACAUCGCAUCAGGAACUCGGCCAUCAGCAUGGUCAAAGCGACCGCAGGCAGCUUGGCUCUUGUCACUUCCAAGGAGCCCCUGCGUGCCAACUUCACCAACUACAUGCGCCAGCUCUCAACUGACCUCCAGGGUGGGCUGCCGGAGGGGACAAUCAUCAUGUGUGUCAACUCGAACCUCGAGCUCGCUUCCAGUGUGAUUGAAGAUGCAGCCGAGAGGCGUGCGAUUCCCGAGAUCGAAGACCUGAUUGAGCCCGAGCUGGACGCUCGCCGGCGUCAUCGACUGCAGAGGCCCAACCAGCCCUAUGUGGAUGCCUCACUCAACCGAUGGGCCAUGACGAUGCCGGAUCCCUACAAGAUGGCACCUAGUCUUAGCGGCCUGAGCCCGGAACAAAUGGCUAUUUACGAGGAGUUUCAGCGACAACCUCGGCCGGCCACGACCACCACAACUCCUUCUCACAUUGCCUCGACCUCUGAUGCAACGAGGUCAAUGGCGAACGAGAUUCUUUCGGACCAGUACAAUUCUGUGCCAUCUGCCCCCACGCCUGCCGAAACCCCCUCCAUGCCUCCACUGGCUGGACACACCCAGACCUACCCUCAUGCACACGCGGGUCUGACCAAUGGACGACAGCCCGCUCUCAGCCAGGUUGACGCUAGGGUACUCGUCGAACGGGUCAGCAAGCUCCUUUUCGAGCUGCAGCGUGCAGCAACGGAGGCGCCCGAAGAGCAUUACGAGGAUCUGCCGAGGGGGCAUACCGUCCUCGAUACGAUGGAUGUCCUCAUCUCGAAUGUGAUCAAAGCUCGAACGUCAACAACGGACGAUCCCACACCCCAUGUUGUUGAGCAGAUCUGCAACGUCCUUCUUGGUCCGUUGGAGGACAGCCUUGCAAUCGAGACUUUUGCCCACGCCCUCAGCACUAUUCGAAGGAUGGGAGGCCCGGUUCUGAGCGACUUUGCAGUGCAACUCUUCCGGCGCCAAGAUGGGUCCACGUUUCUGCGUCUCCCCAUGAUCAAGGCCUUCAUUGGCACGGAUCUGCUUGACUGGCGCACCCUGGACGAAGCCCUCUCCGCAUCCAUCAGAUCGCAAGAAGAGGGGAGCCUUCAGAUGCUUGAUCAAAUCAUCAAGGCAACAGUUUUGAGUGAGACACCUAUGGCUCUUUUUGCCAACUUGGGCUCCAGCCUGGAGGUUGCUUACGCUUGGAUCGUUGCGGAACCUGCAGUUCCAGGUGGCGAGGACUUGAAAGCGACUCUUGAUGCUGCUCGCGAGCAACGCAGUCAAGCCCAAAACCGUGAGCAAAUCGAGUACGUCUUCGAUGAAUGGGUGCACCGCUUCCGGAACACGGCGGUGACCGACAAGCUCGCCCGCAACUUUGUGAAGCAGUUGAACGAUACCGGUAUCGUCAGGUCCAAAGAUGACCUACUGGUUCUCAUCCGCAUCGCCCUGGACAGCUCGGUGGCGCAGUUCGAAAACGCCAUUGCCUCUGGCAGCAGCAUUGACGACGGGUACAUCUGGGUGAACGCACUAGUAGCACUCGUCAUGGCUUUUGUCAAGGCCACCGGGUUUGACGACACUGAUCCGAAGUCAAGCCCUGCAUCCCUGUUGGCUUCCGUAUGGGCGCUUGCCACGAUGAUUCUCAACCAUCAUACAAGGAAGCGUGGGGAACUCUUCAACCAGAGGGUCUUCUUCCGCUUCUUCUCUCAGCUGCUCCACGAGUCUGGGGCGUUCUUCGAGCAGCUUGGCGAGCCUCACAAGGAUGAGAUGCUCUUAAAGGUUGCGCCACUGCUCUCGUCGCUUGGGCCCGCGAUGUUCCCAGGUUUCUUCUAUGGUUGGCUCGGCCUGAUUCAUCACGCGGCUUUCCUCCCGUCCAUCAUGGACAUGGAGGGUGAUGCCGGGUGGGCGCCGUACACGAGACUCAUCCAGCAGCUGUUGGAGUUUGUGGGCGAACAGUUGAACACGGCGCAACUGCCUGACGUCAUUCACAAGCCUUACGAGGCUGCUGUCAAGUUACUCAUUACACUUCAGCAUGACUACCCACAAUACCUGGCGGCCAACUCGUCCGCACUUCUAGCAAGCAUACCACCACACUGUACCCAGCUGAUCAACACGAUCUUGUUUGCAUCCGUCAGCAAGAUGCCGGAUCCAAUGACGGCUGGGCUGGACGCUGCCGGCAACCAGUCCGGCCCCUCGCAUGAAGGCGGGAAUCCUACUGCAUUCCUCCAGAGCAUUGGCCUCUUAGACAUCCUCAACUCGGCCCUGGAGAAGGGACCCUCGGAAGAUGCGGUGGCCCACAUGACACACGCAAUCACGCGAGGGGAUGGAAGGACGGGCUUUGGCCCCGCCCUCAUCAACGCGAACCUGGGUGUGAUCGACGCAAUCACGGCAUACAUCGGUAAGCAUGCGGUACAGCUUGCGGCGGCAGGGCAGCCGGCGUUUGAGCCCGGUUCGUCGGCCCUGGUGACGCUGUCGAUGCUUGUGCACGAGCUGGCAGCGGAGCCGCGGCACUACCUGCUGCUGAGCAUGCUCAACCACCUGCGCGAGCCGAACGCGGAUAUGGAGUUCUUCAGCAAGUCCCUGCUGGAGAUAUUCUCGCACGACCUGUCGGACCCGGAGGAGACUGAGAUCCGCGAGCAAAUCGCGCGGGUGCUCCUGGAGCGGCUGAUAGGGUUCUGGCCCCAGCCGUGGGGCCUGCUGAUCACGGUGGUGGAGCUGGUCAAGAACGACAAGUACAUGUUCUUUGAGCUCCCAUUCAUCAAGCAGACUCCCGAGGUUGCCCAGCGCUUUGCGGAGAUAGUUACUGCGCACAGCUAG